AUGAAUUAUGAAGGAGAUUUGGUGGAGGCGUCAGACCAAAUAUUUAGCCAAGCCAAAUCCCCACCAAUAUUAGUGCUAGGUAUCAAGGAACCCACUAAUACUAUUAUAAAAAAUGAAUAUGGAAAAAUUGCUUUUCCAAAGGUUUCCUUCUGUAAUCUCAAUCCUAUGAAAUUUUCAAAAAUGUUGGAAAAUGAAAAACUCUUCAAAAUCAUCAAUGAAACGGCUACACUAACCGGAGUUGACAUGCUGGAUUUUGGAACAAUCGUAGAGAAAUACCUGAAAUUAUACCCAGCGACUGGCUUAUUAGGGAUUGCGUCUACGUCAGAUGCUAGAAAUAUGUUCUAUCAAAGAAUGGGGGAACUUUCUUGGUCAAACUUGAAAGCACAAUCACAAGAAAAGACAGAAUUUAUCAUAUCGUGUGAAUAUCAAGGAAAGCCCUGCAUCUUGAAUGAUGUGACGUCGUACAGAGAUGAAUUUUACGGCACAUGCUACAGGUUCAUUCCCUCGGAAAGAAAAAUGGUAGUAUCCCCUGGUCCGCAGGGAGGUUUGACUCUGACUUUAAAUCUGGAGCAGACGGAAUAUAUUCCUUUCAUCGCUGGGUCUGCUGGUGUCAUAAUGGACAUCACUCGAAAUGAGAAAGAUCUGGAAAAUAAAAUCCCAAGCAUGAGAAGAACGGGGACUCUACUGUCCCCAAAUGUGGAAACUUAUAUCGCUUUAAAAAAUGUGGAAAACAUUCGAAUUCCAGGAUCGGAAAGGAAAUGUGCAGAUGGAUUGAACAACGAUGUCGCGGAAUGUAUAGAGUAUUGUGUGGGGAUUGCUGCUGCUACGGUGAGUGGUUGUGCCCACGAGUAUACUUUUAUAGGUGAACACUCCCUGUGUUCCUCGUUGAAAGAAAUUGAGAGCAACGAGUAUGUCCGCACGCACCUAGAUAUUUCUGCAACGUGCUCUCAUUGCAAGAUUCCUUGCAAAGAACUGAUAUAUGAAAAGACCCUAUCAAUGACAACAUGGCCAAUCGAGUCUUAUAUUCCUAUACUUAAACAACAACUCAAGGAGGGCGGAGUAAAUAUUUCUCAAAACAAUUUCUUUGACACUUCAAGUUAUAUGAAGCUUCAUGUCUUUUUCUCGUCAUUGUCAACAACUGUGAUAGAGGAAGAGGAAUCUUACACGUUUGAAAACUUCCUGAGUGACAUCGGUGGUCAGCUGGGCCUGUGGGCGGGGAUUUCUGUCCUAAGUCUGGCGGAAGUGGUGGAACUACUAGUUCUUAUCGUCGUAGGAUUCUUCGCAAGAAAAAACAAGACUGCGACCGAGACCGAGUCGGAGAAAGAUCUCAAAAAGAUAACUGCCUGA